GUUUUAAAGGAUAGAGUCAGAAGAAGCAAGUUGACUGAUGUAGAAACCUUCACCUUAAGGGUUUUCGAAGGAAGUAAAGAUACCCCAGUUAAACAUUUGCAGAGUUUUAUUCAGCAUUCCUUAAAUUGCUUUCCUAAAUGCGUAACUAAAGAACCUUUGUGA